AUGCUGGCCAUACUCACCAUGGCUCCCCUUUCCAUCAUCGCUGCGCUGAGCGCCGUCCCCCUUGCGCUCGCACACAUGCAAAUGUCAGACCCAUCGCCCAUUAACGACCCCCACCAAAGCCCCCAGCGUCCGGGCGAGAGCUUGGACUACAACUAUCUCAAUCCACUGAACGCAGACGGCAGCAACUUUGCCUGCAAAGGCUAUCACCUCAACACGCCCCUGAACACGGUUGCAACCUACGCAGCCGGCAGCAAACAGACCUUGAGGCUGCGAGGGAGCGCAACGCACGGCGGAGGUAGUUGCCAAAUCAGCCUCAGCUGUAAUGGCGGGAACGACUUCCACGUCAUGAAAAGCAUCAUGGGCGGCUGUCCCAUGAGCGACAGCUACGACUAUAUAGUGCCCCGCGACAUACCGCCGGCGAAGAAGUGUUUGCUAGCUUGGACAUGGUUCAACAGGAUCGGCAAUAGAGAGAUGUACAUGAACUGCGCCGUCGUCGACAUCACUAACAAGAGAUGGGGCAAGCGUGACACCCAGACCUCUGCUGCACAGGCUCUCGCUAGAUAUCCCGAGCUGUUUGUUGCGAAUCUGGCGAACAUCAAUAGCUGCAAGGUCCAGGAGACUACUGAUGUUAUAUUCGACAACCCGGGCAAGCAGGUUGCGUUCGGCAACGGCGAAAGCGCUUCCAUGAAACCCAGCUUCGAAUGCUGGCAGCAAGACUCCAGCAUCUAG